ACAAGGGCCAGAAGAUGUAAAGGAAUGGAAAUUGGUAUACCGACCAAAAAACGUUUUUCUGGAAAAAUUACUAAAUGAAACAGUUGAAAUGCUAAAUUUAGAAGGAUUUGUGUCUGUUGAUACUUCGGAGCAAAUAGAAGAUGCUAUUGUCAGACGUGGAUUUUUAGCAGGCAUUGAAUUCGAUCAUUCAAAUAAUAUUCAAGAGCUUCCAAACGAGCUCAUUUACAGCUUGAGAGUUCCCCAUUUCCCCAGAGACAGCGGUAAUGACAUUCAGUUUUAUCUGAAACAAGGAUUCCUUUCAGUGCAAGAUGCUAUUGCAAGAUCUUUCAUCCAAUUGAAACACAAAAGCGAAACAGUAUUUCCAAAUAUUUCAAUGUCUCGAUAUCCAGAUAGAGUUGAUAUAGUUCUUUUAGAUAAUGCUAAUUUGCUAGGAAAUGUACUCGCUAUUCUCACACUGUUUAGUCUAGUUUUUCUUACAAUAAACACGGUGAUUUACAUUAAUGCCGAAAAAGAGAAGCAAUUAAAGGAAGUGAUGAAAAUUAUGGGACUACAGAGUUGGCUCCACUGGACCAGUUGGUUUGUGCGAACAAUGUUCUUUAUGCUCAUCAAUAUUACGAUGAUUGCUGCAAUUCUAAAGAUUUCACUAUAUGCGGACUUCACAGUGUUAUGGGUUUUUCUUUUUGUCUACGCUAUCUCCACAACAACUUUUUGCUUCAUGAUGAGUGAACUGUUCACCAAGGCAAAUAUAGCGGCAAUUGCAACUUGCAUUGUUUGGUUUGUUUUAUACAUUCCAUUUUGGUUUUCACGAACGACGUAUACAUCAAAGCUAAUCGCGUGUAUUUCGUUCAAUACUGCGAUUGCGCAUGGCAUUCAAUUGAUUUGUCAGUUUGAGAUAACUGAAGAAGGUGUGAAAUGGGCUGACUUUUGGAAACCAACAGUGUUCGAAGACGAUGUAACGCUCGGAAUACUUAUGUUGUAUAUGUUGGCUUCGUCGCUCCUUCACCUUUUGAUAGCGCUUUAUGUGGAAAAAGUGAUGCCAGGCGAUUAUGGCGUGCCCGAAAAAUGGUAUUUUCCGUUCACAAAACGAUUCUGGUUUGGCAUACCAUUCGACGCGUGCACAGAGAGCGAUGCCAUUUCCUCAAAUCCAAACAUCGAAACUGACCCAAGUGGCUAUCAUGUGGGAGUCAGAGUUAACCACUUGCAUAAAAUCUAUUCCAACAAAAAAGUGGCGGUUAAUCAUUUGACACUAAAUAUAUUUGACGAUCAAAUUACGGUUCUACUUGGUCAUAACGGGGCUGGCAAGACCACAGCCAUGUUAAUGUUAACGGGUAUGCUGCCACCAUCAUCAGGAUCUGCCAUCAUAAAUGGAUACGACAUUCGAAAAAAUAUUCAAAAAGCCAGAAGCUCAAUUGGACUUUGUCCGCAACACAACAUCUUGUUCGAUGAAUUAACUGUGCGCGAGCAUAUGGAAUUUUACGCUCGACUGAAAGGUAUGAGCAAAUCAGAGGUACAAAAUGAAGUUGACCGAUAUACUGCGCAGUUGGAAAUGGAAUCAAUGAUUGAUAAACGUUCAAAAGAUCUGUCGGGUGGAAUGAAACGAAAACUGUCUGUCGCACUCGCGCUGUGCGGUGAAUCAAAGGUGGUGUUUUUGGAUGAGCCGACCAGUGGCAUGGACCCAGCUGCUCGGCGCCAUCUUUGGGAUUUGUUACUGAAUGAGAAAAAAGGACGAACUAUAUUGAUGACGACGCAUUUCAUGGACGAAGCCGAUGUUCUUGGUGACCGUGUCGCGAUAAUGGCCGAUGGAGAGCUUAAGUGCUAUGGAACACCAUUUUUCUUGAAGAAACGAUUCGGCAGUGGCUAUCGCUUAGUUUGUGUAAAGAAUAAUGGAUGCAAUUCAGGGAAAAUCACUGAGCUCCUACGAACAUUCAUCCCAAAUAUUGGACUACACAAAGAAGUGGCGGGUGAACUGACGUACAUUUUACCUGUGGACUAUGUGAACAAAUUUGAAGAAAUGUUUCAAUGCUUGGAGGAAAAACAGAAUGAAUUGAAUCUGAACAGUUUUGGUGUAUCGUUGACACCGCUUGAGGAGGUUUUCUUGAAGGUAGCGUCCGAAUCAGGUGAUAUCGAGGCCUUGAAUUCGAGCGAUAUUGGAGCUGACUUUGAGUCACUAUCCGGCACAGCCCCAUUGUUACGUGGCUUCAUGCUACAUGUGAAUCAGUGGCACGCCAUGCUCAGAAAACGAUUUUUCUGCUGGAUACGUAGCUGGAUAACCGUUUUAUUGCAAAACCUAAUUCCCGUGACUUUAAUCGUAGCAAUUAUCUUAACUACCUCUGAACAAUCAACUGAAGACGAACAAACUACUACAUCUGCAAUAUUAUUGGACCGAUAUGGAAAAACUGUUACUAUGCUUCAGCGACCGACGGCAUGUAAUACAACCGUAAUUGAAAGCAUUUUCUCACAAUAUCGCGAUAGUUUCAAGAAUCAAAGCCCUGAUGCUGUAUUAGACGAGUUCAGUGAAGAUAUACAAACGCGCUAUCUCGAAAAAGCAAAAACGAAUCUACCUGAGGUCAAUUCACGUUAUUUGGCUGGCAUGUCGAUCGGAGAAAAUUGUGAAAUUCUAGCAUGGUUCAUUGGUAAACGAUUUGACACAUCAGCGUUAUCACUUAGUUUAAUGCAUAAUGCAAUGGUCAAAACGGCACUAGGAAUCAACCAUAAUAUACAAGUUACCGACUUUCCGGUGGCACGCAGAAACGGCUCAAGAACAAUCUAUCAAAUGCCUAAACUAUUUGAACCACUAGUGACCAUACUUUCAUUUGGAAUGGCUUUUGUAUCAUGUUUCUAUAUCAUUUUCCACAUAAGAGAGCGAGUUACAAAAGCGAAGCUCUUACAAAUGGUUAGCGGAGUGAGUGUAUGCACGUUUUGGCUGACGUCGUUUCUGUUUGAUUUUAUCACGUAUAUGUUGACAACAGCCAUUGUGAUCAUAACAUUGGCUGCGUGCGGAAAAGAGGGAUGGUCGGGAAACGAUCUUUGGCCCAUAAUGACUGUUCUUACUGUAUUUGGAGUUGCAGCACUACCCAUGAUGUAUUUAUUUUCAUUUCUUUUCUCAAAUUCAGCCAUUGGAUUCGUUUGGAUGAUGUCGCUACCAAUAAUAAACUUUGUGCUGCAAUUCAUCAUUUUUUCUCUCACUGUGGACUCCAACGAUAGUGAAACACACUUAGUUCGGAACUCCAACGAUAGUGAAACACACUUAGUUCGGUCAAUUUUUAUUUUUUUGCCACAUUACGCGCUUGACAAAUGCCUAUCAAGUUUAGAUAAAAAUAAAGAAAACGUUUAUGCUUGGAAGGAACCAGGAAUUGGUUUCUAUUUAUUUUUUAUGAUCAUAACUGGCAUCGUAUUCUUCGCAACUCUUUUUCUAAUUGAGUUCCGUGUGUUUCCAAGAAUUUUUUGUUGCAUGAGAUGCAACAAUUCUAAAAAAGAGUCAGCCGCAGAAAAUGAUGACAUUGAUGAUGAUAUCAAAGAAGAGACACAAAAAAUACAUGCCAUGACUCCCAAUGAUUUACAAGUGAAUAAUUUAGUUUUACAAAAGCUAAUGAAGUCAUAUGGUGAAUUGUUGGCCGUGAACCAAAUAUCCGUCGCAAUCAAGAGAGCUGAAUGUUUUGGUCUACUUGGGGAGAACGGCGCAGGUAAGACAUCAACCUUCAAAAUGUUAACGGGCGAAGAGCAAAUAUCAAGUGGAGAAGCGUUUGUGCAAGGCGUUCGAUUGAAAACGAAUAUGAUGCAAGUAAGAAAAAUCAUUGGAUAUUGUCCUCAGUUUGAUGCUUUGCUCGAUGAUCUGACUGGAUCUGAAACGCUUGAGAUCUUUGCACUUCUGCGAGGUGUUCGAUACUCAGAUGUGCCAAUUUUGAAAGACCGUCUUGCCAACGAAUUGACCUUUAAAGUGCAUAUCAACAAAAAGAUUCGAGAAUAUUCGGGCGGAAAUAAAAGGAAACUAAGUACCGCUCUUGCGUUGAUUGGAAAUCCGGCUGUGGUUUAUUUGGAUGAACCGACGACUGGCAUGGACCCAGCUGCUAAACGAAAGGUGUGGAGCUUACUCUCGAAAGUUCGUCUUACAGGAAAAGCGAUCGUUCUAUCAUCGCAUAGUAUGGAUGAAUGCGAGGCUCUUUGUACUCGCCUGGCAAUCAUGGUUAACGGAGAAUUCAAAUGCCUGGGCUCAACGCAACAUUUGAAAAACAAAUUCUCCAAAGGAUUUUGGAUAACAAUCAAAAUGCUGGAAACCGCUGGAAUCGAUUCUGAAACACAACAUCAUCAAAUAUCCAAUAUCAAAGAUUACAUCAAACAAAACUUUCCCGGAUCUGAUUUGAGCGACGAAUACCAAGGAAUCUUGAAAUUUUCGGUAUCAACAUCCGAUCUGAAGUGGUCGUCUAUGUUUGGCCUAAUGAAUCAAGCGAAAGAAACAUUACCAAUUGAAGAUUAUUCAAUCAGUCAAUCUUCACUUGAACAGGUGUUUUUGUCACUCACACAAUAUCAACAUUAAAAUUAUGGAAACCAAAAAUAUGCAUUAUUGUGUCAUGAAUCAAUGAAAAAGUUAAUAAAAUAAAAAUGUAUCAG